GUGGUUACUGAGAGAUCGUGGUUAUCGAGACGAGCGGGGUAACUCCUCCCCGUGCUUACCUGCCGCCACGAGAAGCUGAGCCCUCAAAAUAAGCAAUUGCUUAACCCCAGACCCUAGUUCCCCGACGCCACCAUCACCUCCUCUAACUUUGCUCAACGGCCACUUGGGAAGCGACUCUGACAUUACGGGCUACUUUAGCUGCAGGAACAGAAAGAUGCAGUUUGCUGUGUGGCACCGUUGUGAUACCUUCAAUUGGACGCCACCACCUAACUGCUGGCUGUUCAUCUCCGUUCAGUGUGGCAGCUGAAAUGCUGCAUCUCCGAGGAGCAGUUGCACAGGGCCCAAUAUCACAGCCUUACGUUGUGCGCCGUAUACUUAAGGACGAGAGUUCCAAGAGAACGUAGAAGGGAAUAUCAGGUCAACCCGGAUACUCAGCAGAUCAACCUUCAUCAGCAACCCUUCACUCUCGUUUCAGCACACUCGCUUUCGUAGCAAUCAUGCUUCAGCUCAAGAAACUUCUUGUUCUGGCUCUUCCAGCCUUGGCUCUCGCCGACGAGGCCUUCUCUCCUCUGAAGCGACAGAUAGUAGAGAUUCCUUGCAGCGAGUCAGGUCGCAAGGACUGCGGCGACGGUUGCAUUCCCCUGACGUACACCUGCUGCCCAGACCAGCAGGGCGGUUGCCCCUUGACAUCCACGUGUUGGCUCGGCAAUAACGGCCAGUAUGCGUGCUGCCCGAUCGGCAAGCGAUGCGUCGGGCCCGGCGGUGUCAACACGGAACCCGGCUCGACGGUGACGUCCACCCUUUUCUUCACGGAGUCGGUUCCGGACGAGGAGACUUCCACGUCCUUCUUGGCCUCGACGUCCACCGCGACCUUCACCCUCACUUCCGAGAUUGAGAGCACCUCGACAGAGACUUCUCUUGUGGCUGAGCCGACUACGUCUCUUCCAGCCACUCCGGUUAUUUCUUCUCACUCGACGACGGCUGCUGUACUGCCGACUAUCACUGCCAACAGCACCACGGCUCGCCCGCCUCCGGUCACGGUGAACGGAGCGAACACCCACGGUGGCUCGAUCCUUCAGGCUAUGGCCGCCGGUGCCAUAGCUUUGCUUGCUCUUUGAAACUUGUAUACUGAGAUGGGAUUGCGUUUGAUGCUCGGGGGUCAAGAGAGUUCGUAUAUUCGAGGAGUAAUAGUCGUGUCAAGAAAUGGGCGGACGAAUGUGGGUAUGGGGGGAGAGAGGAUCGAUAGCUUUUGCAGCCAAAACGUAAUGGAAAUUGAAAUUGACAGGUUGGAUCUCGUCUCCCCAACUUUCUGUAUUGCUAUGGGAUCCGCCGCCAGUAUGGUUUGGCCGACAUAAGUCUCGUGCUUGCCUUUGGAAUCCGGGGCUCCGGACCCAGGCGCGCAAAGUGGCGUGCUUUCUCGUGGGGGACGUGUGAUUAAAGGGCGCAAACAAGGCGCAACGGACAUGUGGAAACCUAGACGGGGUUCGCGUCGUCGUUAUCAUGGUGGUGACGCAGGUUUGACACCUAGACUAAAACGUUUGAGUCAAGCAUGAUCACGGUGAUAUUUCGUA